CUUCACACUGCUUGUGCUCUUCUCUGCUGGGUUGUUUCCAUACAGGAAACCUGAGGGAAAGUCUGUUAUUGUACCCUGGCUCAACAAGUGACCCAAUGGCAAAGGCAACUGAGAGUUGAGUGCCUACAACAAGGGGAAGCAAUGAGAUAAAGAAGAAAAACUGUGAUCCAAGAAAGCCACCAUGAAGGGUGAGGAAGCUCGGCAGAGGAGGAAAGAGGGCAGGUCCAGGAAUGGAGAGCGACCCCGGCACAGAGGAAAGAGCAAGGGUAAACACAGGGAGAGCAGGCUUGGCAGCCAGGAGCCAGAGGAUGUCUCUCUGCAGGCACAGCAGAAGCUGCUGGCUGAGGAGAAAGCAGCCAUGGCAAAGGCACAGGAAGAGUCAGCAAUCUCAAUCUGCCUGCAAGUGCUCCUGCCAUACCUCCUGGCUGGGCUGGGAAUGGUCUUGGCAGGCAUGGUUUUGGAUUAUGUUCAGCACUGGGAUGUGUUCCGGACCAUCACAGAAGUUUUCAUCCUGGUUCCUGCCCUGGUUGGCCUGAAGGGAAAUCUGGAGAUGACACUGGCAUCUAGGCUCUCCACUGCUGCUAACACUGGACAGAUGGAUGAUGCCCAGAAGCAAUGGAAAAUGGCCACCUGCAACCUAGCCCUUAUCCAGGUCCAGGCCACUGUGGUGGGGCUGCUGGCUGCUGUGGCUGCUGUGAUCCUGGGAGCCAUCUCCAAGGGGUCUGUGGAGCUGAGCCAGGCUGCUGUGCUGUGUGCCAGCAGUGUCACCACGGCCUUCAUUGCUGCCCUUUCCCUUGGUCUGGUGAUGAUUGGUGUGAUCAUUGGAGCCAGGAAAGUUGGGAUCAACCCAGACAAUGUCGCCACACCCAUAGCAGCAAGCCUGGGAGAUUUGAUAACCCUUUCCCUCCUGGCAGGAAUCAGCAGCACACUCUUCAAAUACAUAGAUGUGAAGUACCUUUCUCCUCUGAUCUGUGCUGUGUUCAUUGUCAUGAUCCCUCUCUGGGUUGCCAUUGCCAAGCAAAGUCCUUCCCUGGCUGAAGUGCUGAAGUCCGGCUGGCAGCCGGUCAUUGUUGCCAUGAGCAUCAGCAGCAUUGGUGGGCUCAUCCUGGACAAAACUGUGACUGACCCAAACUUUGAAGGCAUGGCAGUUUUCACACCUGUGAUUAAUGGUGUUGGAGGGAAUCUGGUUGCCAUCCAAGCCAGCCGAAUUUCUACAUUCCUGCACUUCUGGAGCAUGCCUGGAGUUUUGCCAUACAAGAUGAGGCAGAACUGGCCCAACCCAUGCACCACGUUCUUCUCAUCAGGGGUGAAUUCCAAGUCAGCCCGAGUGCUGUUCCUGCUGGUCAUCCCAGGGCACCUGGUGUUUCUCUACACUAUCCACCUGCUGCAGGGGGGCCACACAUCCCUGUCCUUCACCUUUGUGAUGUUCUACCUGACUGCUGCUCUGCUGCAGGUGGGGAUCCUGCUCUACGUGGCCGACCUGCUCGUGCGCCUGAUGUGGAGGAAGGCUCUGGACCCAGACAAUUUCUCCAUCCCCUACCUCACAGCCCUGGGGGACCUGCUGGGCACUGGGUUCCUGGCCAUCUGCUUCCGCCUGGUGUGGCUCAUCCAUGGCACAGACAUGAACCUGGGCAACUGAGAGUGCCUGUGCUGCUCUCGCCCCUGCUGUGACACGGUGCCCCCCUCCAGUGAAUGCCUGGCACUCUGUGCUGGCUCACCUGGCUGGGCUGGGCCCCCCCUGCCACCCUGCCCACCCCCUGCCCUCCCCACCGUGCCUUACAGCCAGCCCCAGCAAUCAGCACCCACAAACUCCUGCCCUCAGAGGGGAGCAAAGCGGAUUGAAGGAGCACCCCCUGCUCACACCUGCAAACAGGGCAACAAGGAGCAGUUGGGCCACUGGGGAGGACGGAAAAGAAGAAGGGAGGAAGGAGCAUUUGGGCCAUGGUGUCAAUCCCCAGCACUGAGACAGCCCUGAGGCUGCUCCAGAGCCUGCCCAGGUCACUGUGUCUGAUCCUGCCAGGGGAUGCUGCAGCCCCUCCAUCCUCUGACUUUCCACCAAGGGAAAUUCUUUAUUCACCCCACUUUUCUCCUGCUCCUGGAGUAGCAGAGCAACCAGGUCAGAGCUCAAUAUCUGAGGCAGUGAGCUGCUGGCUCAUGCCCAGUGGAGGUUAUCUAGGGAUACCACCUACCUGCCCUGCCAGCAUCCCUGGUCUCUGACCAAAAAGCUGGUUAUGUUGCAUUUUAGGGGCAGGAAGGUUUGUUUUUACGGUUUAUGAAAUGUCCAGUAGUUCAAAUGUUUAUAGAAACACACACAUAAAUAAAGUGGGUAAAAAAAAAAGA